AUGGAUCUGGGGGACCUGAACAAGGUGUGGGAGGUGAGGCCGCUGAAGAUGCCCGGGGAGGACGAGGCUCGUCGGAUGCUGGAGAAGGUGGCGAAGCAGGUGCAGCCGAUCAUGCGGAAGCGCGGAUGGAAGGUCCCGAUCCUUUCCGAGUUCCGGUACACGAUUUGUUCGUUGCCAAAAAAAAAUUCUCGAUGUGGUCGUUGUUGAUUCGAAUCUCUCCUCCUCCUUUUCCUCUUCCUCUUCCUUCCUCGCAGCCCAGACAAUCCCUCUCUGAUGGGGCUGAACGAGGGCGGCGGUGCUCAUGUGAAGCUCCGUUUACGGCGACCAGGCCGAGACUGGGAUUUCUUCCCCUUCGAGCACGUUCUCGACACGAUGCUUCACGAGCUCUCCCACAUCGAGCACGGCCCUCACAACGCCGACUUCUACAGACUCUGGGAUGAGGUCAGGGAGGAGUGCGAAGACCUGAUCGCAAAGGGGAUCAACGGCACUGGGAAGGGGUUCGACCUGCCGGGAAGGCGACUGGGUGGAUUUACUCGCUAUCCUUCUCCGCCGCCCCUCCGACAGGCCGCUCUAGUUGCCGCGGAGAGACGCGCGCGUGGCGCCCCUAUCUUGCCGUCGGGACCGCGGCGGCUGGGUGGGGAUGGGGACAUCAUGACCGGACUAAGCCCGAUUCAGGCUGCUGCGAUGGCGGCCGAGAGGAGGAUGCAUGACGAUCAGUGGUGUACUUCCAGGUCGUCGUCUUAUGGGGAAAGCUCUGUGCGUCAAUAUGGUCUGAAAGGGGAGGACGACUCCAAUGUGAUCACACAGGGAGGAGGUAAGCGUCCUGACGCCGCUCCUCUUGCCUCCCUCCAGUCUCCUGGUGAAUCUGCAUCAAUAAGCAUGUCAGCUUCCGAUGAAGUAUGGUGGGAAUGCAACGUCUGCAGCUUAUUGAACAAGGUGAACUUUCUCUUGCUUUAAAAAAUAAAGCGGCAUUCAAUAUUCGGCCUUACUCUGAUGUUGGGUCAAUGAUUCUUGUUGCUCUCUGCGUUGAUUCGUUCUAUCGUUUUGCUGAAAUAAUCUAUUUAAUCUUAAAUUUCUUUUUCUUGCUCUGCUUCAUCAGUUUCCUUAUUAGUGCUUCAUCUAGCUCAUGAUGGCUGGAAUUCUUCUUUAAAGCUGCUUUUAGUUUAGAAUGCUCUAAGAUUUAUUAAAUAAUUCAAUGUCAAAGUCGAAUAAGUGGCAUCCCAUAACCAAAAAGGAACCACCUGUAUCUUAUAUACCACAUUCUGUUUUGCCGAUUUUUAAAUACUAUAUUUUAUUUUAUUUUAUUACGAGAAAAGAAGGUUUAUAAAUUGAAUCGUGUCAAAACUUAAGUAAUUCAAGUGAUGGGAAGUGGCUACACUUGAUGUUCCUCAGUUGACAUUGGAAGCAAAACAGAGAACAAAGAUACAAUGGUCAACAAUUGUGACGAAAGCAAAAGAGAAGGUUGCACAAGUUUCUGAAUUGAAGGAAUAAGGUCAAUGCUUAUAGCAAAACCAAACAGCUGUCUUCACAGAAGUCAACACCCGUCAAUCGGCAGGUGAUGCCUUCUGUUGACAGGUGACUGUGGGUUGAACACAAUCUUCUAGCUCGAGGGUCAACACUUGUAAGGUACCAAGUUCGACCCCAAAAAACUCUAUUAGAUGUACGGAUUGGUACCCAACUCCUAAGAGUAGACACUUGAAAAGUCAAAAUAGCUGGUUUUCUUGAAAUAGUAAUUAAGGAAAGAAGAAAAAAUAACCAUCUUUUAGCUGUUGAGAGGGAACUUUUUUACAAUGAACAGUCUACCGCUCAAGCUAUAAAAAUCCCUUUCAUUUUGAUGGUGUUUCAAAAAUUUAAAAGAGAUGGUCUUAAGCCUUUCAUUUUUCAAGCUCUCGAGCAAUUCACCAAGAUUCACAUGAGGCCCCUGGAGUCGUAUUAAAGUCUUCCAGUGUAUCGAAUAUUUUAUGAAAUUAUUAAAUUUGACUUUACAUGGUAUUUGAAAAGGCACAAUAUUGAGUAAGGCUUGCAGUGUUGUAAAGAUACAGUUUACAUCUUGGGAAGCCACCUUGUAAUAUGAAGUUAGGGCUUACCAUAAUGGAAUACCCAAGAAGAUCGGUUCUUAGGGAGUGGAGUUGGUAUUGGGAUGGACACCAUACUGUCUCAUGUGUACAUAAUUUAUUUUUUUUCCAUAGAAUUUUCCUACAGCACUGUCAUUUAAAAUCAAGAUAAUUCACACCCCCCCCCCCUCGUCUUGUAGCUUCCAAUACCCAGAAAGGACCUUUAUGCAUAUUUAUACUGAGAAUCUUUCGCUAAGUCUGAUAGCUUGCCUAAACAUUAAAAAUCUUUAAGAACAUUGGUGCUGAUUUUUGAGAUCUCGCGAGAAAUAUGUUUCCAUUCAUCAACAUGUCUUGCUUUCUUUUGAUGAUGAUCUUCAUAACAUUAGCAUGCAUGUAUGUUAUAAAUCAAACCAUAUUGGCAUCAAAGUUAAGAUGAACUAACACUUGAAAAAAAAAAAACAUUCUCAAAAUUGUUUCUUAUUAAUGAUGGUGACCUACCGCAGAGAUUGUUUCUCGUUUGUGAAGCCUGUGGCAACCCCAAACCUAAAGAAACCGCCAGCAAGUUCAGGAUUUGGUCUUGCAAGUUCUGCACACUAGAAAAUAACACAAAAUUGGACAAGUGUUUGGCAUGUGGGCAAUGGAGAUAUUCACACGGUCCCCCUGUGUCAACAGGCAGUACUCAUUUUGGCACUUGA